AUGUCUUGUACGCCGGUAAUGGUUGAGGAGUGUAUCCUCGCAACCGUGAACAAGCUAAGGAAUAACAGAGAUUUCAAAGAAGUCAAGAGCGAAACCGUCACAUCAGAAGCAAGACCCCAAGGUCACUACAUACCGGCAAAAGCACUCCCAGAUCGCUAUGUUUUGAAAGCUGAUAAAAUGGGUCGACGCCACGAGCCGCCGGAUGUGAUACACUUCUAUCGAAAAGUACAAACUGCGCACAUUGACUGUGGCAGACUUCUAAAAGGCGAUCAGAAGGGCGAUUACGCGAAGCGCAUAGCAGCUUCACGGCCAACACUUUCUGAUCAAAACCUACCUAUGAAGUGCGAGGAUGUUCGUGCUCGAGUUCUCCCUCCGAAGCCCCUCAAGCAACUACAGUUUGGGAUAGCUCAUGCUCGAAUCGUGUACGAGAGUUACGAAUUCAUCGAGGAUGAACUCAGGUCGAGCUAUCAUCCACAGAACAUCUUCUGCUACGCCAUCGAUCACAAAGCAGAAAAGGGGUUCACAGAAAGGAUUGAGACGCUCGCCAAAUGUCUUCCUAACGUCGUAGUGCCUAAAAAGCGUUUCAGCAUUGGAAGGGAAGGAAUCAAUGGGACUCGUGCACAUUACGAAUGCAUGAAGGCACUGAUGGUAGACAAACGUUGGGGGUAUGCGAUGCUCAUGCAGAAUUACGACGUCAUGAUCAAAGAUGUAUAUGAAACCGUUUCUAUAUUACAAGCACUAGGGGGUGCGAACGACGUGCACGCAAGACCAUGCGAAAGGAGACGCUAUGAUCACCGCCUGAAAUGGGACGUUCGUUCGCUGAAGUUCUAUCGAAACGCAAGUCAAAUGACACCAUCUCAAUUGAGCGCAUCACUCACGUUUGCUCGAGGUGCAGUGCAUGCUUCGCUGUCACGUGCUGCCGUCGACUGGAUGGUGAACACAAUAGAUCUCACUAAAACAUUUGAACAACUUGACCGCAAGGUAAUGGGUGUUGACGAGGUGCUCAUUCCAACCUUAUUUGUGAGUGAAGGACUCAGCAUGCCCGGAGGAUUCACUGCUGAGUGUAUCAAAAAAGGACGAGGAACUGGUUUUAUAACAAGGUCGGUUUGUUUGCGGAAAUAUCACAUGUGA